AACACUUCAUCUGCUGUCUGUCUGGUUUUAACUUCAUGAGCAGCAGCAGCAGCAGGCGGCCUUUACCCGGAUACUGAUGACAUCACAACAUCCCAUUGGCUCAUCUGGGUCUGAGAGUUCAGCUGCUGAAAGAGUUUCUGUGAGUCCUCCUCAGACCAGUUCAGGUCCUCAGACGAGUUCAGGUCCUCAGACCAGUUCAGGUCUUAGUUUGGUUCAGGUCUCUGGUUGGUUCAGGUCUCUUGUUGGUUCAGGUCUCUGGUUGGUUCAGGUCUACAGGUGGUUCAGGUCUACAGGUGGUUCAGGUCUCUGGUUGGUUCAGGUCUCUGGUUCAGGUCUCUGCUUCAGGUCUCUGAGGAUGGUUCUGGUUCUGGUCCUCUCCUGUGUCCUGGCUGUCUCAGCUGACGUUCUUCAUGAGGACAUAUGUCUCACCGCCUGUUCAGACACUGAGAAAGAGGAGAUGUACAGUCUGGAUGAUGAGGAGCUCUGGUUUGCAGAUUUUAAAAAAGGAGAAGGAGUCGAUCCUCAGCCGGACUUUGUGGAUCAUGUGUGGUACCCAGAUCCUUAUCAACAAGCUCUCGCUCAGCAAGAGAUCUGCAAAAACAACCUGAAACUCAUUCGUAAAGCCUUGAAAGACGUCAAAGAGGAGAAAGGUAAAGACAAACACGUCUCUCACUUCUGUCUGACAUCUUUAAUAUUUAACCUCCUUUAACUCAACGUCAUUAAAAAAUGAGUUUAGAAAAAUGUCUGAAAGUUUAACUUUUAUAAAAUAUUUAAGAAAACUGUGAUUUAUAAUUAAAACACACUAAGAGUGUGGUGUGUGUGUGUGUGUGGUGUGUG